AUGAUACAAUCUCACAUUCAAGUUCAAGAAUCUAUUGAUAAGGUUUACUUCAGCUCUCUUCUGUCUCUGUCUCUGAUUAUAUCUUUGCAAGAAGCAUAUGCCUACGUGAAGUCAAUCAGGCCUGGAGUAAAAUUAGCUACUGCCCAAUGGAAGGCCGUUCUUGAGUACUACCAUUUAAUGGUGCUAAAGACUCAGAGUUCCUUAACUGAUGCAACUUCAGCUUUGAUCCCAAGAAAUGUAAAGCAGGUUUGUUCUGGGAAUGUGGUUGUGUUUGAAGAUGGGCCGAUGGUGGUAGUGACCCACUCGGAUGUAGAGGGCUAUGAUGAUGACUCAAAGUCAAAGAGGUCAAUGAAUGUUGCUGGUAACGAGUUAUGGGUGAAAGGGGUGGGGCAGGCUGCAUUGGCGAGGAUCUCGUGCUUGUGGCUUGGCUUGCGUGAGAACCACAAACUUUCCAUGAGUGGUAUAAGAGUCGACAUUUCUCUCUACUAAUGAUGAUAAAUAAAGAAUGAUGCAGGUGGAUAUUCCUUUCUCCCCAGUGACAAAUGUCAAUAAAAUAAAUAAAACUGAUCAGAUUAGG